AUGGUUGUCGGAAUCGCCCCCGCUCUUAUUCCGGAUAUCGAGAAGAUCUACGAUGUCUACUUCUCCGCUUUCAAGAAUGACCCCAUGGGCGCACUGAUGCUCAGCGUGCUGUUCCCCGGUGGCUUCGAGGGGGAGGAGUUCCGCAAGGCGCACACGCAGGCCACCAUUGACUACUGGAGCAAGACAGACAACCAGUACACUUAUAAGGUGCUGGACACGGAUAUCAUGGAAAUUAUUGGCAUGGUUCUUGCCGAUGUAUACUUUGCGCCCAGGACGGCAGAGCAGCGGGUGAAUCACGGUGUACCCUGGCUUGAGGGCAAGCACCGGGCGAAGGCCGAGGCCAUUCUCAACCCCCUCUGGGAGGCUAGGGAGAAGAUUUUCGGUGGCAGGCCGUACAUCUAUACGCAUGUAAUUGCCAUUGAACCCAAGCACCAAGGCCGUAAGGCCGGCGCCCUCAUCUGCAGAUGGGGAGCUGAAAUGGCCGAGGCAUGGCAGGUACCUCUCUACUUCGAAGCGUCGCCCUCCAGCGUGGGCCUCUACGAGAAGAUGGGUUUCGAGAAGCUCAAGGAGACGAUUGUGCAUAAGAAGGAGGUUCUCGGCACCCCGCAAGACGUGCAUGUGCCGCUCAUGGUUAUCAUGCCCAAGUCGCUCGGUAUGACAUUUGAGCAAUGGCGCGAGUCCACCAAGGAUUUGGCUUAA